AGAAUAGCUUCCUCAUAACUAUUAGUUUAUUAUUCUGUUUUUCGAGUAUAAAUGCUGUGACUAAGUUAGUGAAAAAAUAGUGGCAGGAAACAAGUGCUAAACAUAGUUGACUGCCAAGAUUAGGAUUGUGAACAAUUGAAGACCCCUCCAUCACGAUGUUUAUAUUUGCGAUGCUUUGUCCUAUGUUAAUGGCAACCGGAAGCCAAGGUCUGUCUCCCGAUCUCCAACGGUUCCAGGAAUUCGUCACAACUAAGGUUCGCGGUCUAGGAGAGGAGGUGAAUCGCACCCUCGAGGAAAUCGUCAAAGAUGUUGACCUUCAUCGUACCGCAUUGGUGAAGAACACCGUGAUCGUUGGGCAAGAGCACCUGGGGAAAGUAAAAAAAUUCAAGAACGAUUACCUGGAAAGGGCUGGUGCUGUGCAAUCAAAGGCCCCCGUAAAAUCAGGAGGACAAGCCCCAACACCUAGACCAGGUGAUUUAUGUGUAGAAUCACUAGGUCCUGUAAUCCAUCGAAUCAAUGAUGCCGAACGUGCCCUAGCACAUUGUGUUAUGAAGUAUAUUAAAAGUGCAGAUAAAAUAAUUGACGACACCAAUCAUGCUGAACGAGAAUUCGCGCAUAAAUUCGCCAGCAUCACCCAGAGGAUCAACCCCUGUGUAACUCUUCAUCAAGGAACACCAGAUUCUGAGCGGAACAUCCGGAGUUGUCUAGAGCAAAUAAUGGAUGAUGGACAGAUUCUCCACAACGAAGUUCUCCCAUCAAUCCACAGAAGUGUCCAAAUGCUGCAAGAUUUCCACAAUCAUCCAGAGACCGAUAUCAGUCAUUGCGCUAGGGGAGUGGGAAUGGAGUACUUUGAUAUCGACAAGCGACAUGAACUCCAAUUUCAGCUUGAGAGGUGCGCCAAAUCCUGAGGUGGAAUCAUGAUUGAUAUAUUUUUUAAAUUCAAUCUAAAAUGCCAUUUUCUAUGUAUCUCCGACAAAAAUAUUCUUUCAAAUGCGAAUUGAAUAAAUUUUCCAUAAUUACCCCAGAAUAAAAUCUGUUUAAACAAAUACAUUUUCAAUUAGAAAAAAAAUUACACAUUCAAAAAUGUUUUAAGUCAAUGCGCAAAAUUGAAUAGCUUAUAUAACACGAUUAAAAAUUAUUGAUAGU